AUGGGGUCUCAAACUCUACAGAUCCUCAGGCAGGGUGUCUGGGCUUCAAUCACAGGCGGAUGGUACUAUGAUCCUCAUCAAAAUACAUUUGUCAAUGCGCUACACCUCUACCUCUGGCUGUUCCUACUAUGUUUCCCCUUCACCCUUUACAUGGUAAGUAUGUUUUAACUUUGAUCCGGUUACUGUCUUUUAUGGCACAAUAAAGUUAGAUAUCCUUCAAUCUCAACAAAGCAAGUCAAUAUAUGGUUUACCGUUAGACGCUCUUCCCUGGCUGUAACGUUAAUGAUGCUAGCCAAACCGCUGAUGGCUAGUAGGGUAACUAACGUUAUCUAGCUAACGUUAGCUAGGUUGCUGUGUAGGCGUCCUUUGUUUGAAAUCUACAUAUUUCCCUCGAAUAAACGAAAUAAAUACCAGUUGACGUGUAGUUUAUAAACUGGUCGUACUGUUCGCUUCUUGUGUUUUCACUGUUAUGUUGUGUUGUCAGGUGUGACACUUUUUUCUCUCCCGAUAAGGUUAGCAAGCUAGCAAACCUAAGUAGCUAACUAAUUUAACUAAUAAUGUCAGCUGGCUAGCUGUCAUUGUUGGCUAGCUACCUGACACCGUUACAUUGUCCACAAAUACCAGAUUUAGGAAAAUACUAAUCCCAACCAGUUUUUGGUAACAAGUCGUGGUUAAAACGUUUUUAUUACGUUUAUUUUGAACAGAACAAUGUACAACAAAAACAUAAUUCUCAAACGCGAGAAGUGAUGCGUUGCGCCACCAGAUGUAAUGUAGCUAACAGGUCAUUUACAUCCCUAGUCCCUGGGCAGGUGAACAUACAGUAUAAAUGAAAACAUAAACAAAAGGACAAGAUAUAUCAGACAUUUAAAACAUAAAUCAAGACAUAAAGACACGUUUCAAAACGGAGGUAAAUACAUUAGACAUAACAUUCCACAAAGAUAACUAGCUAAUAGAAGACAUAUAAUGUAUGGUAGGUACUAACAUUGGCAGCAAUCUAUCUCGGUCUAUUAGCUUAGCUAACAAUGCAUGUUUUGUGCUCUCUUGACUCUCCUAUACUGGUGGCAAGAUCUACCAGGUAUUCAAACUGACUCAGAAAUACAGCACAAAAAUAGACCGCUAGGAGAUGUUGUCAUUAAUCAUUUGGAAUAGCUGGAGAGUAGGAUGGAUUAAACACUAGCUGCACAACCAAAUGUCCCUCCCCCUCCUAUCAUGUUAGUGUAAACACUAUCUGCACAACCAAAUGUUCCUGUCCCUUCCCCCUCAUAUUAACCAAAUUUAAAUUAGUGAUCUUUCAAGCAGCAUUUUUAUCUGUAACCCACUUUCAAUAUUGAGGGGCAUUUUAGUUGCAGCUUUCCAAUUUACACUGAACAAAAAUAGAGCACAAAUUUGUUUUCAUCCCUGUUAGUGGGCAUUUCUCCUUUGCCAUGAUAAUCCAUCCACCUGACAGGUGUAUCAUAUCAAUAAAAGGACACUCUAAAAUGUGCAGUUUUGUCACAACACAAUGCCACAGAUGUCUCAAGUUUUGAGGGAGCGUGCAAUUGGCAUGCUGACUGCAGGAAUGUCCACCAGAGCUGUUGCCAGAGAAUUGAAUAUUCAUUUCUCUACCAUAAGCCGCCUCCAACGUUGUUUUAGAGAAUUUGGUAGUACGUCCAACCGGCCUUACAACCGCAGACCACGUAUAACCACGCCAGCCUAGAACCUCCACAUCUGGCUUCAUCACCUGCGGCUGUGUGCCUGCUCAGUCGUGUGAAAUCCAUAGAUUAGGGCCUAAUGAAUUUAUUUCAAUUGACUGAUUUCCGUAUAUGAACUGUAACACAGCAAAAUCUUUGAAAAAGUGUUGCAUGUGCAGAGUGAUUCUCUCAGGGAUGCAAACUAGUCCCCUUUCGGCGAAAUUUGCCAUUUUAAAUCCAAAAUAGGUAACCAAAAUUUGUUUUUUGGGGGGGGGGGGCUUUGGAUCACUACUGGCUGUAAGCGAACGAGUGAUGCACGUUUGGAGCAAUACCGGCUAUAUCCAAGGCUCAGACAAUCAUUCACAUACGAACAGAAUGCAGCACGCGACUGAAGAGAGAAGCGACAACCAACUUGUUAGUUACAGCAUCAGCGCGCGCUCUGGAAAGACAGCGGAGAGCAGGAAGGCAGUUUACUGGUUACAGCUGCGCGUCCCCUGAACGACAACGGAGAGGUAGGUGAGAAUACCUGACCACGGAGACCGGGGGGUGAGAAGGUGAUGAAGCCUACUUCAUGAGCUGUAACCGAAAAAACAACUGGCAUUUUGGAAAGUUUGAGGUGAGGGAGCAAGUGUGGUGGAACAAGAAUUGUUAGCAUUGUUUAAGUAUCUUGCUAGCUGGAUCGAAUUCUCCGUUAGUAGUUAACGUUAGUUCGUUAGCUAGUUAACUAGCUAUCUAUGAUCUAAUGUUUUCCCUCUACAGUAUGUGGUUAAUUUUCAGAAUGAGAGAAUUGGGUGAAAAUGAGGCGUUUCUUGUUAAGCAAGUGGAUUCAGAGAUGAAGUGUAACGUUAGCUGGAGCCUGGGCCUGGUUUAAACUGGAUGCCACUAUAGAGGUGAAAUAAAAGGGUUAUGCCAGGUGUACUUUGCCUGAAAGAGAUCAAUCACGCCAACAAAGGGUAUCAUGCUCUGCUGCUGACACAUUGUGGAACAGAUGUCCACAGGCAGAAAGUCUCCAAUGUAAUAACGUGCGGUGUAGCCCAAAGCCAUUGCUUUUGUUGUGUUGAACUUGACAUACAGUUGUGUGAGAGCGAGGGGGGAUUCUUUUAGUUUUUACUCAGGUGAACAUUAUUUUUUUGCACUUGAUCGAUAUGUACUAUUAGUGGCCAGUAUAAUCGUAGCCACUAUAAUAGAGAAAAAAUAGAAUGCCUGUUUGUUUCAUUGUAUUUCUACUUUUAAGAUGUUAUUUUUUCUCCCAAGUGCAAUAUUUAGAUGUGUGUGUGUGUGUGUGUGUGUGUGUGGUCACAAGUGUUUUAUUAUAAAGGCUGUCAUGGAUAACUGCAAUAUUAACGUAUCGUUUUUUCUCUGGACGAGUGUCAUUUGCAGUAAAGUCCAGGCAACAAAUAACAACAUUGGAUUACUUUCCUUACAUUGUUUAGUGCAAAUAGAGAUACUGGGGUGCAAAAGAGCAAAAUAAAUAACAAUAUAGGGAUGAGGUAGUUGGGUGGGCUAAUUUCAGUUGGGCUGUGUACAGGUGCAGUGAUCGGUAAGGUGCUCUGACAACAUUUACAUUUAAGUCAUUUAGCAGACGCUCUUAUCCAGAGCGACUUACAGUUAGUGAAUACUGUCGAAUCUAGGCCGGCACAACUGAUGCUUAAAGUUAGUGAGGGAGAUAAGAGUCUCCAGCUUCAGAGAUUUUUGCAAUUCGUUCCAGUCAUUGGCAGCAGAGAACUGGAAGGAAUGGCGGCCAAAGGAGGUGUUGGCUUUGGGAAUGACCAGUGAGAUAUACCUGCUGGAGCGCAGACUACGGGUGGGUGCUGCUAUGGUGACCAAUGAGCUAAGAUAAGGCGGGGAUUUGCCUAGCAGUGAUUUAUAGAUGGCCUGGAGCCAGUGGGUUUGACGACGAACAUGUAGUGAGGACCAGCCAACAAGAGCGUACAGGUCACAGUGGUGGGUAGUGUAUGGGGCUUUGGAGACAAAACGGAUGGCACUGUGAUAGACUACAAACAAUUUGCUGAGUAGAGUGUUGGAGGCUAUUUUGUAAAUGACAUCGCCGAAGUCAAGGAUCGGUAGGAUAGUCAGUUUUACGAGGGCAUGUUUGGCAGCAUGAGUGAAGGAGGCUUUGUUGCGAAAUAGGAAACCGAUUCUAGAUUUAACUUUGGAUUGGAGAUUCUUAAUGUGAGUCUGGAAGGAGAGUUUAUGGUCUAACCAGACACCUAGGUAUUUGUAGUUGUCCACAUACUCUAGGUCAGACCCCGUCGAGAGUGGUGAUUCUAGUCGGGUGGGCGGGUGCCAGCAGCGUUCGAUUGAAGAGCAUGCAUUUAGUUUUACUAGCGUUUAAGAGCAGUUGGAGGCUACUGAAGGAGUGUUGUAUGGCGUUGAACCGUUUGGAGGUUUGUUAACACAGUGUCCAAUAACUCCAUGGUAAUAACUCCAUGGUAAUAACGCCAUGGUAAUAACUCCAUGGUAAUAACGCCAUGGUAAUAACUCCAUGGUAAUAACGCCAUGGUAAUAACUCCAUGGUAAUAACUCCAUGGUAAUAACGCCAUGUGGUCUUAAUGAGGAGCGGGUUUGAGCAACGCAGGUGUUAUUGUUAUGCAUAAUAAAUAAAUGCUCUGAACAUCUGCUAUGGAAAUGUAGUGGAGGUAGUUCAGUAAACUAUACUGAUGACUGUAUUAAUACUGUGAUGAUGACUUACCUUUCCCAAGACAUGGAGCCUUUUAGCUCUCAGAGCUAAUGAAGUCCCCGAGCAGAGCAUACCGGGCUGGUCCGUUACACAAGGCACUGAAUCACUGAUCAUAAUGAGGGAAGGUCUUAAUAUCAACUAUUCACUCAAUGGCCAGUUUAUUAGGUACACCCAUCUUAUACCGGGUAGGACUCCCCCUUUUCCUCCAGAACAGCCGGAAUUAUUUGGGGCAUUGACACGUUGCUCAAUUGGUACCAAGGGACCUAACGUGCUCCAGGAAAACAUUCCCCACACCAUUACACCACAAUCAUGUACCGUUGACACCAGGCAGGAUGGGGCCAUGGACUCUGCCAUCAGCAUGACGUAACAGGAACCGGGAUUCGUUGGACUAGGCAACAUUUUUCCACUCCUCAAUUGUCCGGUGUUGGUGAUGGCGUGCCCACUGGAGCCACUUCUUCUUGUUUUUAGCUAAUAGGGGUGGAACCCGGUGUGGUCGUCUGCUUGCAAUAGCCCAUCAGUGACAAGAUCCAACGAGUUGUGUGUUCCGAGAUGCCGUUCUGCGUUCUUCUGUUGUACUGUGCCUGUUAUUUGCCUGUUUGUGGCCCGCCUGUUAGCUUGCAAGAUUCUUGCCAUUGUCCUUCAACCUCUCAUCAACGAGCUGUUUUCGCCCACAGGACUGGCGCUGACUGGACGUUUUUUUUGUUUGUAGCACCAUUCUCGGUAAACCCUAGACACUGUAGUGCGUGAAAAGCUCAGCAGGCUGUCCAUUUCAGCGAUACCAGAACCAGCGUGCCUGGCACCGAAGAUCAUACCACGCUCAAACUUGCUUAGGUCACUAGUUUUGCCCAUUCUAACGUUCAAUCGAACAGUCACUGAAUGUCUCUGACAGUCUGCCUGCUUUACAGUGCAUUUGGGAAGUAUUCAGACCCCUUGACUUUCUCCAAAAUGUGUUACGUUACAGCCUUAUUCUAACAUAGAUUAAAUCGUUUUUUCCCCCCGCUCAUCAAUCUACACACACUACCCCACAAUGACAAAGCAAAAACAGGUUUUUAUAAAUGUUAGCAAUUUUUUUUAAUUCAAAACUGAAAUAUUACAUUUACAUAAGUAUUCAGACCCUUUACUCAGUACUUUGUUAAAGCACCUUUGGCAGUGAUUACAACCUCCAGUCUUCUUGGGUAUGACGCUACAAACUUGGCACACCUGUAUUUGGGGAGUUUCUUCUCUGCAGAUCCUCUCAAGCUCUGUCAGGUUGGAUGGGGAGCGUCGCUGCACAGCUAUUUUCAGGGUCUCCAGAGAUGUUCGAUCGGGUCAAGUCCGGCCUCUGGCUGGGCCACUCAAGGACAUUCAGAGACUUGUCCCGAAGCCACUCCUGCGUUGUCUUGGCUGUGUGCUUAAGGUCAUUGUCCUGUUGGAAGGUGAACCUUCGUGCCAGUCUGAGGUCCUGAGCGAUCUGGAGCAGGUUUUCAUCAAGGAUCUCUCUGUACUUUGCUCCGAUCUGUGAUUCAGUGCCUUGUGUAACGGACCCUCGAUCCUGACUAGUCUCCCAGUCCCUGCCGCUGAAAAACAUCCCCACAGCAUGAUGCUGCCACCACCAUGCUUCACCGUAGGGAUGGUGCCAGGUUUCCUCCAGAUGUGAUGCUUGGCAUUCAGGCCAAAGAGUUCAAUCUUGGUUUCAUCAGGCCAGAGAAUCUUGUUUCUCAUGGUAUGAGAGUCUUUAGGUGCCUUUUGGCAAACUCCAAGCAGGCUGUCAUGUGCCUUUUACUGAGGAGUGGCUUCCGUCUGGCCACUCUACCAUAAAGGCCUGCUUGGUGGAAUGCUGCAGAGAUGGUUGUCCUUCUGGAAGGUUCUCCCAUCUCCACAGAGGAACUCUGGAGCUCUGUCAGAGUGACCAUCGGGGUCUUGGUCACCUCCCUGACCAAGGCCCUCUAGUCUUGGUGGUUCCAAAGUUCUUCCAUUUAAGAGUGAUGGAGGCCACAGUGUUCUUGGAGACCUUCAAUGCUGCAGACAUUUUUUGGUACCAUUCCCCAGAUCUGUGCCUCAACACAAUCCUGUCUCGGAGCUCUACGGAAAAUUCCUUUGAUCUAAUGUCAACUGUGGGACCUUAUAUAGACAGGUGUGUGCCUUUCCAAAUCACGUCCAAUCAAUUGAAUUUACCCCAGGUGGACUCAAAUCAAGUUGUAGAAACAUAUCUCAAGGGUGAUCAAUGGAAACAGGAUGCACCUGAGCUCAAUUUCGAGUCUCAUAGCAAAGGGUCUGAAUACUUAUGUAAAAUAAAGUAUGUUUUUGUUUUUAUCAAUUAUUUUCCUCAUCAAUCUACAGACAAUACCCCAUAAUGACAAAGCGAAAACAGGUUUUUAGAAACGUUUGCAAAUGUAUUGAUAAUAAAAAAAACGGAUGAUUAUUUGUAAUUUUUUUGCUCAACUUGUGGAGCCAAAUAGAAGCAGUAAGGGAACCCUGGUCCUCCCUAGGUUUUUCAAAAAUGUAGCCCUGGUUGUUUUACCUACUUUAGUUAAAGGCACUAAUUGUAGGUGGCUUUGCAUAAGAUUAUCUGUCAAAUUUUAUAAACGUAAUAUGUGUCCUCCAGGUGCUCCCGCCCACCAUGGUGAUAGUGGGGAUCUACUGUGGAGUGAUAGCUGGCAUGUUCCUGCUCCUGAAGACUGUGACCUACCGGCUGCAUCAUGCCCUGGACGACGGAGAGGUGGUAGAGCACCGGGCCAAGGGGAAAGAGGGCAGCAGAACCAGCACUGAGGGGGCCAACGAGGGCCAGGAGGACAGUAACGGACCAGGGUAGGUCAGUGAGCUGUCGGGUUCAGGGUUAAUGUUCAUGGGGGGUUGUUGGGUGGGGGGGUACUUGGGGGUACUGGAGGACUGUAGUUGGGCUGUUGGGGGGUACUGGAGGACUGGAGUUGGGCUUGUUUGGGGGGGGUACUGGAGGACUGGAGUUGGGUUGUUUGGGGGUACUGGAUGGACUGGGAGUUGGGCUGUUGGGGGUACUGGAGGACUGGAGUUGGGCUUGUUGGGGGUACUGGAGGACUGGAGUUGGGCUGUUGGGGGUACUGGAGGACUGGAGUUGGGCUGUUGGGGGGGGUACUGGAGGACUGGGAGUUGGGUUGUUGGGGGGUUACUGGAGGUCUGGAGUUGGGCUGUUGGGGGGUACUGGAGGACUGGAGAGUUGGGCUGUUGGGGGGGUACUGGGAGGACUGGAGUUGGGCUGUUGGGGGGAGGGGUACUGGAGUUGGGUUGUUGGGGGGUACUGGAGGUCUGGAGUUGGGCUGUUGGGGGGUACUGGAGGACUGGAGUUGGGUUGUUGGGGGGUACUGGAGGACUGGAGUUGGGCUGUUGGGGGGUACUGGAGGACUGGAGUUGGGCUGUUGGGGGGUACUGGAGGACUGGAGUUGGGCUGUUGGGGGGAGGGGUACUGGAGUUGAAAAACACUGAGCUAGGUUGUCAGAGAUGUUGUCCAACUGUUGUUUUGUGCUUUAAGUCAAAUUUUAUGGGUUGACCACAUUUGUUCGGAAACCUUUCUGGCCUCUAGAAUUGAGGCAUGGUGAUUCGUAGUCAGACAAUCAUUGGUGGAGAUGUUUGGUUCAUCACAUACACUGACUCCUUUGGGUGGUGGACCGUUCUUGAUACACACAGGAAACUGUUGAGCGUGGAAAAACCUGCAGCGUUGCAGUUCUUGACACAAUCAAACCGGUGCACCUGGCACCUACUACUAUACCCCGUUCAAAGGCACUUCAAUAUUUUGUCUUGCCCAUUCAUUUUACAUUUGAGUUAUUUAGCAGACGCUCUUAUCCAGAGCGACUUACAGUUAGUGAGUGCAUACAUUUUCAUACUGGCCCCCCGUGGGAAACGAACCCACAACCCUGGCGUUGCAAGCGCCAUGCUCUACCAACUGAGCUACAUGGGGACUAUACCUCAGAUAUCUUUGAUAUGCUCUCUAUAGGACCCCUGGACUCCUGACUGAAACCCUGUCCUGCCUGAUUUGAUAGGUGAAUAACAUAUCAAUAAUAGGAGAACAGCGUGUUAAUAAUAUGUUUAUAACCGCUUAAUAUGUAAAUAACAGCUUAAUUACAUUUACAUUUACAUUUUAGUCAUUUAGCAGACGCUCUUAUCCAGAGCGACUCACAGGAGCAAUUAGGGUUAAGUGCCUUGCUCAAGGGCACAUUUACGUCAUUUAGCAGACGCUCUUAUCCAGAGCGACUACAAAUUGGUGCAAUCACCCUAUAGCCAGUGGGAUAACCACUUUACAAUUAUACUUUCUUUUUUUUAUUUUAUUUUAUUUUAUUAUUAUUUUUUUUUUUGGGGGGGGGGGGGGGGGGGGGUAGAAGGAUUACUUUAUCCUAUCCCAUGUCUCAAGGCUUUAAAAUCCUUCUUUAACCUGUCUCCUCCCCUUUCAUCUACACUGAUUUUUGAAGUGGAUUUAACAGGUGACGUCAAUAAGGGAUCAUUAGUUUUCCCCUGGUCAGCCUGUCAUGAAAAGAGCAGGUGUUCCUAAUGUUUUGAACACUCGGUGUACCUUCCAGCUAAACAGAAAUGUUAGGGUCUCGGAAUGUUUUUCUUGUUUUACAUUUCUUCUGAAUAUUUGAAAAUAAUGUAGCCCUGUUGCAUGUUAGCUAGGUCUGUUUUCUUUGUUUUGUGUAAGCAAUGUGUGAGCUGUGCCAAGAGUUUCCUCUUGUAGGACAACGAACGUGAUUCUAAUUCUGAAUAGGCUAACGAAUUUCUAAUUUCCAGCAUUUGAUUAAUGAUAAGAUAAAUGACGAGUGAGAAGUAUAGGUUAAUUCUAUUAAUGUGAACAUGAUGAAUGGUGUUAUCAUAGCGCCUCAGGCCUCUGUCUGUCCUCUGCCAUCCAUCCACGCUCCUUUCUGUGUGUCCUCUGCCAUCCAUCCACGCUCCUUUCUGUGUGUCCUCUGCCAUCCAUCCACGCUCCUUUCUGUGUGUCCUCUGCCAUCCAUCCACGCUCCUUUCUGUGUGUCCUCUGCCAUCCAUCCACACUCCUUUCGGUGUGUCCUGCCAUCCUCACAUCCUUUUGUGUGUCUCUGUAACCAUCAAGCUCCUUUGUGUGUGUCCUCUGCCACCAUCCACACCCUUUCAUGUGUGUCCUUCAGCAAUCCUCCAUCACGCUCCCUUUUGGCUGGUGUCCAUGCAUCUCCAUCAACCACUCUUUUUGUUUUGUCUCUGCAUCCAUCCAACUCCCAAGGGGAGGCAGGAAGGAAUCCUAAAGUGCAUUGUUGUGGUGCUAGGUAACCAAAAAGUAUCCUCUGUGUGUGUGUUUCCCCGCGCACAGGGACCCUGGUGGGGGUAUAGCGAUGGCAGACUUCAUUCAAGAGGAAACUCCUCCAGUAGAUUGCAGCUCCAGAAACUCCUAUAAUGGAUGGACUCACCAGGUGAGCACAGAAUGAUGCUUCACACUAUGUAUUAUCUCAGUUUUAUUUUGAUUGAUUGAUUGAUUGCAUUUGGACUCCAGACCAAAGGACAGAUUUCCACCGGUCUAAUGUCCAUUGCUUGUGUUUCUUGGCCCAAGCAGGUCUCUUCUUCUUAUUGGUGUUCUUUAGUAGUGGUUUAUUUGCAGCAAUUCGACCAUGAAGGCCUGAUUCACACAGUCUCCUCUGAACAGUUGAUGUUGAGAUGUGUCUGUGACUUGAACUCUGUGAAGCAUUUAUUUGGGCUGCAAUCUGAGGUGCAGUUAACUCUAAUGAACUUAUCCUCUGCAGCAGAGGUAACUCUGGGUCUUCCUUUCCUGUGGCAGUCCUCAUGAGAGCCAGUUUCAUCAUAGCGCUUGAUGGUUUUUGCGACCGCACUUGAAGACACUUUCAAAGUUCUUAAAAUGUUCCGGAUUGACUGACCUUCAUAUCUUAAAGUAAUGAUGGACUGUCGUUUCUCUUUGCUUAUUUGAGCUGUUCUUGCCAUAAUAUGGACUUGGUAUUUUACCAAAUAGGGCUAUCUUCUGUAUACCCCCCCCCCCCCCCCCUUGUCACAACACAACUGAUUGGCUCAAACGCAUUAAGAAGGAAAAUAUUGUAUUUUCAGCUGUUUGAAGCUGGUGUACAAAACCUAAAGUAAAAGACGCACGAAUGAAACUUAAGAACGGGGAGCAUAGAAAUAGGGCACGUAGAACAACAGAUCUACCCCUUCUUAGACUCGCUUUCAAUAAGAAUGACAGGAUCUAUAACUCGCAUCUCUAUGUGAAUUUGGUCGGGUCACUUAUAGGCCAAUCGGUGCUGUUUUUUUUUUUUUUGAACAAGUUACUCAUGUUAUUUGACCAGGGCCCGGUUUCCCAAAAGCAUCUUAGAACCGUAGGAUCCUAUGUCAAGAAAAAUACAAAAAUUAAUUCAGAGAAUAGCUUUCAAUCCUAAUAAAGCCAGAAGGCUUAUUUCCAUUGUCUUCCUCUUCAAGAUGUUUCCUUUUCAACAAUACCCAAUCUAGUAAUCAUACUGUUGUAGGUUAUUUUUACAUCUUUGAAAACGUGCUUUAGGGAUAUGGGAAGGUAUUGUUUUAUGCUAUGUCAUUUACUAUGUCUUUUAAGUAGCUCUCCUCCCAUCUUUCCAUUGUUGUUCAGAUUGCGUCCACCAACGGUCACGGAGGAGCCACUACAGCCAAAGGUAACAGCCACCACCUCUUUCUCAAAACCUUUUACACCUGAACAGGUCUAAUGAUUGUUUGUUGUACAAUACAUUAAACGGAUAUUAUGAGAAGAGAAAGAUUUGAAAGAAGUCAAAAUAGUUCAGGACUUUCUCAAUUCUCUCAACUUCAAUGGAGUUUGAGGCAUUCUCUUCAGUGAGUGUGACGGAGUUGGGUGAAGUUGCCUUUAGACCCUGGUCUUGGCUGAUCCUAGAGGGGGGAAGCUGAUCCUAGAUCUGCACCCAGAGGGAGGAGAAACUGAUCCUAGGUCUGUAACUAGGGGGGAGGGGAAACUGAUCCUAGGUCUGUACCUAGGGGGGAGGGGAAACUGAUCCUAGGUCUGUAACUAGGGGGGAGGGGAAACUGAUCCUAGGUCUGUACCUAGGGGGGAGGGGAAACUGAUCCUAGGUCUGUACCUAGGGGGGAGGGGAAACUGAUCCUAGGUCUGUACCUAGGGGGGAGGGGAAACUGAUCCUAGGUCUGUACCUAGGGGGGGGAGGGGAAACUGAUCCUAGGUCUGUAACUAGGGGGGAGGGGAAACUGAUCCUAGGUCUGUAACUAGGGGGGAGGGGAAACUGAUCCUAGGUCUGUACCUAGGGGGGAGGGGAAACUGAUCCUAGGUCUGUACCUAGGGGGGAGGGGAAACUGAUCCUAGGUCUGUACCUAGGGGGGAGGGGAAACUGAUCCUAGGUCUGUAACUAGGGGGGGAGGGGAAACUGAUCCUAGGUCUGUAACUAGGGGGGAGGGGAAACUGAUCCUAGGUCUGUACCUAGGGGGGGAGGGGAAGCUGAUCCUAGGCUGUACCUAGGGGGGAGGGGAAAUUGAUCCUAGGUCUGUACCUAGGGGGGGGAGGGGAAACUGAUCCUAGGUCUGUACCUAGGGGGGAGGGGAAACUGAUCCUAGGUCUGUACCUAGGGGGGAGGGGAAGCUGAUCCGAGGUCUGUACCUAGGGGGGGAGGGGAAACUGAUCCUAGGUCUGUACCUAGAGGGGAGGGGAAGCUGAUCCUAGGUCUGUAACUAGGGGGGAGGAGAAACUGAUCCUAGGUCUGUAACCUAGGGGGGGAGGGGAAACUGAUCCUAGGUCUGUACCUAGGGGGGAGAGGAAGCUGAUCCUAGGUCUGUACCUAGGGGGGAGGGGAAACUGAUCCUAGGUCUGUACCUAGGGGGAGGGGAAGCUGAUCCUAGGUCUGUACCUAGGGGGGAGGGGAAGCUGAUCCUAGGUCUGUACCUAGGGGGGAGGGGAAACUGAUCCUAGGUCUGUACCUAGGGGGGAGGGGAAACUGAUCCUAGGUCUGUACCUAGGGGGGGAGGGGAAACUGAUCCUAGGUCUGUAACUAGGGGGAAGAGAAACUGAUCCUAGGUCUGUACCUAGGGGGGAGGGGAAACUGAUCCUAGGUCUGUACCUAGGGGGGGGAGGGGAAGCUGAUCCUAGGUCUGUACCUAGGGGGGAGGGGAAACUGAUCCUAGGUCUGUACCUAGGGGGGAGGGGAAACUGAUCCUAGGUCUGUACCUAGGGGGGGGAGGGGAAACUGAUCCUAGGUCUGUACCUAGGGGGGAGGGGAAACUGAUCCUAGGUCUGUACCUAGGGGGGAGGGGAAAGCUGAUCCUAGGUCUGUACCUAGGGGGGAGGGGAAACUGAUCCUAGGUCUGUAACUAGGGGGGAAGAGAAACUGAUCCUAGGUCUGUACCUAGGGGGGAGGGGAAACUGAUCCUAGGUCUGUACCUAGGGGGGAGGGGAAACUGAUCCUAGGUCUGUACCUAGGGGGGAGGGGAAACUGAUCCUAGGUCUGUAACUAGGGGGGAGGGGAAACUGAUCCUAGGUCUGUAACUAGGGGGGAAGAGAAACUGAUCCUAGGUCUGUAACUAGGGGGGAGGGGAAACUGAUCCUAGGUCUGUAACUAGGGGGGAGGGGAAGCUGAUCCUAGGUCUGUACCUAGGGGGGAGGGGAAGCUGAUCCUAGGUCUGUACCUAGGGGGGAGGGGAAACUGAUCCUAGGUCUGUACCUAGGGGGGAGGGGAAAACUGAUCCUAGGUCUGUAACUAGGGGGGGAGGGGAAGCUGAUCCUAGGUCUGUACCUAGGGGGGAGGGGAAACUGAUCCUAGGUCUGUAACUAGGGGGGAAGAGAAACUGAUCCUAGGUCUGUAACUAGGGGGGAGGGGAAACUGAUCCUAGGUCUGUAACUAGGGGGGAGGGGAAGCUGAUCCUAGGUCUGUACCUAGGGGGGAGGGGAAACUGAUCCUAGGUCUGUACCUAGGGGAAACUGAUCCUAGGUCUGUACCUAGGGGAAACUGAUCCUAGGUCUGUACCUAGGGGAAACUGAUCCUAGAUCUGUACCUUGGGGAAACUUCCCCUCUGGUUCAUUCAUUUAGUUGGGUUAUUAUUGUGACAACAGCUACCAUGAAGGCCCCCUGCCUGAAGUAUGGAUUCUGUUGUGACAGUAUGGAUUCUGUUGUGACAACCUGCCUGAAGGAUGGAUUCUGUUGUGACAACCUGCCUGAAGUAUGGAUUCUGUUGUGACAAGCUGCCUGAAGGUCCCAAAUGGCUCCCUAUGCAAGGCACUAGGCCAAAAGUAAGCCAGCCAGCCAGCCAGCCAGCCACUGGAGUGGUCUGCUGACAGACACAGAGAGGGCUCUAGACAAAAUGAACCCUCUUCAGUUCCACAUGUUCUUGUUGUUACAGCCUGAAUUCAAAAUGGAUUAAAUAUUUUUUUUCUCACCCAUCUACACACAAUACCCCAUAAUGACGGUGAGCAAAUGUUUUUAGACAAUUUUCCAAAUUUAUUGAAAAUGAAGUACACAUCUUAUUUACGUAAGUAUUCACACCCCUUUGCUAUGACACUCCAAAUUGAGCUCAGGUGCAUCCAAUUUCCUUUUCAUCCUUGAGACGUCACUACAACUUGGGAGUCCACCUGUGGCCAAUUUCAAUUGUUUGGACAUGAUUUAGAAAGAAACACACCUGUCUAUAUAAAGUUCCCACCGUUGACGGGGCAUGUCAGAGCAGAAACUAUACCAUGAAGUCCAAGGAACUGUCCGUAGAUCUCCGAUGAGGCAUAUCUGGGGAAGGUUAUAAAACCAUUUCUAGAGUGUUGAAAGUUUCCAAGAGCACGGUGGUCUCCAUCUUUGGGAAAUUAAAAAAAAUAUGGAACUACCCAGACUGCCUAGAGCUAGCCAUCAUAUUUUAAUUUUAGGUCUGAACUGGACCAGGGCUUUCCCCAAACCUGUUCCUUAUAUAGUAAACUACCAGGGCUUUCCCCAAACCUGUUCCUUAUAUAGUAAACUACCAGGGCUUUCCCCAAACCGGUUCCUUAUAUAGUAAACUACCGGGGCUUUCCCCAAAACCUUUCCUUAUAUAGUAAACUACCGGGGCUUUCCCCAAACCUGUUCCUUAUAUAGUAAACUACCGGGGCUUUCCCCAAACCUGUUCCUUAUAUAGUAAACUACCGGGGCUUUCCCCAAACCUGUUCCUUAUAUAGUAAACUACCGGGGCUUUCCCCAAAACCUUUCCUUAUAUAGUAAACUACCGGGGCUUUCCCCAAACCUGUUCCUUAUAUAGUAAACUACCGGGGCUUUCCCCAAACCUGUUCCUUAUAUAGUAAACUACCGGGGCUUUCCCCAAACCUGUUCCUUAUAUAGUAAACUACCGGGGCUUUCCCCAAACCUGUUCCUUAUAUAGUAAACUACCAAAACGUGUGCACUAUAGGGAGUAGGGUGUCAGGGCUUUGUUCUCCCUCCUCCUAAGGGCUAGCCUCCGCUCACACUGUCCAUAACAGGCUCUGACUUGGACUGGUAUUCAAACCAAAACGGAGCACUGAGACUUUUAUUUCAAGGUGAUUUCUGCUUGAACCAACAUCCACAGCAUUUAGAAAUUAAAAGUCUAGUGCUUUGCGCAGGUCGUUAAUCUUUGUUGGAUUGAAUCCUGGCCUCACUCAGGGCAACUACUGAGUGAAAAUACUCUGCGUCACUUAGAGAAGGUGCUCUUGUGAAAUCAUGUGGUGGUGUUAUAAUAUUUGUUGUAUUACUCAAAUGUUUCCUUGCACUCAUAUCUGGAUUGUGGAUUGUGAGUUUAGCUCAGGAGAGUGGCUUUCAUCAGAACAUAUGAGAGCUUGUUUUAAAAAAGGUUUAAAUUGUUAAAUGUGGAGGAAACUAAGUCCCAGUCCCCUCCUCACAACGCUGAACUAGGGUAGACUAUCUUCCUUUUGUUUUCUCCCGUGUCUCGUUCCUCCCUCUUCUUGUCUCUCCCCGUGCUCGUUUUCCCCGUGCCUGUCUCUCCCCGUGUUCUGUCUUCCCGGUCUCGUCUUCCCCGGUCUCUCCCUUGGGGCCUGUCUUCUCUGUCCCCCCUGGUUCGGGGCUCUCCUGUCUCUGUUUCCCUGUGUCCGGGCUCUCCCCGGGCUUGUCUCUCCUGUUUUUCGUCUCUCCGUUCUCGUCCUUCCGUGUCUUGCUCUCCCCGUGCCUGUCUUCCCUCGUCUCUGUUCCCCUGUGCUCGUCUCUCCCUGUUCCUGUCUCCCUGUGUUCUGUCUUCCCUUUUCUCUGUCUCUCCUUGUCCGGGCCUCCCUUGUCUUGUUCUCCCUGUGUUCUGUUUCCGUGUCCGUCUCCCCUGUGUCUCUGUCUCCCCUCUGUCCUGUUCUCCCGGUCUCUGUUUUCCCUGUUCUUGUUCUCCCCGGGCCUGUCUUCCCGUGUUCUGUCUCUCCCUGUGUUCGUUUUGGUCUUGUCCCCCUGUUUCGUCUCCCCUUUUUUCCUGUCUCCCCUGUGUCUCUCCCUGUGUCUUGUUUCUCUGUCUCUCCUGUGUCUGUCUCCCCGUGUCCGUUCUCCGUGUUCUGUCUCUCCCGGGGCUCUGUCCUCCCUCGCUCUGUCUCUCCUUGUCUCUUCUCUCCCCCUGUUCUGUCUCCCCUUGCUCUGUCCUCCGUGUUUCUUUUUCUCCCUCUGUCUCUGUCUCUCCCUGUGUCUCGUCUCCCCCCCGGUCCGUCUCUCCCUUGUCUCUGUCCCCCCCGGUCUCUGUCUCUCCGGUCUGUCUCUCCCUGGUCUUGUCCUCCCUGUGUCUUGUUCCCCUGGUCCGUCUCUCCCCUUUUCUCUUCUCUCCCUGUGUCUUCCCCCGUGUUCUCCUGUGUCUCUGUCUCUCCCCGUGUCUCCCCGUGCUCUGCCCCCCGGGCUCGUCUCUCCCCCUUUUCUCUCCCGUGUUCUGUCUCUCCCGUGUCUCGUCCUCCCUGUGCUCGUUCUCCCCCUGUCCUGUUCUCCUGUUUUUCUCUGUUCUCCUUGCUGUCUCUCCCCGUGUCUUGUCUCUCCCUGUGUCCUUUUCUUCCCCGUGUCUCGUCUCUCCUGUGUCUUGUCUCCCCUGGUCUCUGUCUCCCGGUCUUGCUUCCUGUUCUUCCCUGUGUCUCUGUCCUCUCUGUCUUCCCCGUGCUCUGUUUUCCCUGUGUCUCUGUUCUCCCCCGUGUCCCCCCGUCUCUCCCGUGUCUCUGUUCUCCCUCUGCUCUGCUUCCCCGUGUUCUCUGUUCUCCCUUGUCUUGUCCCCCGUGUUCUGUCUCCCCUGUGUUCUGUCUCCCUCUGUCUCGGCUCUCCCCGUGUCUCGUCUUCCCCCGUGUCUCUGUCUCUCCCCCUUUCUGCUCCCCUGUGUCCUGUCUUCCCUGGCCGUCUCUCCGUGUCUCUGUCUCUCCUGUGCUCUGUCUCUCCCGGUUUGUCUCCCCGGUCCGUCUUCCCCGUGUCCUUUCCCCGUUCUUCCCUGGUCCUUUUCCCCUCCCUGUGUCCUCCCCGGUCUCUGCUUCCCCUUUUCUCGCCUCCCUGUGUUCUCCCCGUGUUUUUCUCCCCGUGUCUUGUCCUCCCUGUGUCUCUCCCCGGUCUCUCCCUGUUCUGCUUCCCCGUGUCUCUGUCUCUCCCCGUGUUCUCCUUGGUUUUCCCGUUCUCUCUGUCUUCCCCGUGUCUCGUCUCCCUGGUCUCUGUCCUCCCUGUGUCUCUGUCUCCCCCGUGUUCUGUUCUCUUUGUCCGUUUCCUGGUCUCUGUCCCCUUGGGCCUUUUCCCUGUGUCUCGUCUUCCCCGGGCUUGUCUUCCCUGUGUCCUGGUUUCCUGUGUCGUCCUCCCGUGGUGUUCUCCUGUGUCUCGGGCUUCCGUGUCUCGUUCUCCCCCUUGGUUUCUCCCCGUUUUUUUCCCCCGUUCUGUCUCUCCCGUGCUCUUCCUCCCUGGUCUCUGUCUCUCCCUUUCUCUGGGCUCCCUGUGUCCUGUCUUCCCCUUUUUCCUCCCGGGGUCUCUGUCUCUCCUGGUUUUUCUUCCCGUGUCUUGUCCUCCCGGGGGCUCUGUCUCUCCCGGUCUCGUCCUCCCUGUGUCUCUUUCUCCCUGUGUUUUGUCUCCCUGUGUUCUGUCCUCCUGGUUCGUUCCCCCCUGUGUCUCUGUCCUCCCUGGCUCGUCUCUCCCUGUGUUCUGUCCCGGCCUGUCUCUCCCUGUGGCUCUGCCUCCCUGUUUCUGUCUCUCCGGUUCUUUCUCUCCCCGUGUUCUGUCUUCCCCUGUCCUGUCUCCCGGGUUUCCCCCUGUUUCCGGUUCUUGUUUCCCUUUUUUCUCUGUCCUCUCCCUUGUCCGUUCUCCCUGUUCUCUGUCUCUCUGUCUUUUCCCUAUGUCUAUCUCUCUCUCCACCUUCUUUUGUCUCCUCUCUCCCCCCUUCUCUGUCUCUCUAUUCUUCCACCCUUGUCUCUUCUCUCUCUCUCAUUGUCUCUCCCUCUUCUCCACCUCGGUCUUUUCUCCUGUUGUCUCUGUCUCCUUCUGUCUCCUCUCUCUACUCCCUCUGUUCUCCUUCUCGUCUCUCCCUCCGUUCCUUCCCACCCUCGUCCUCCUUCCCCUUUACUAUCUCUCUCUGUCUUCUCUUUCCACCCUCUGUUCUCCUUGCUCCACCCUUAUCGUCUCUCUCUCACCGUCGUUCUCGUCUAACUCCCUCCCCUCUGUCUAACAGCCGAAUGAACCCGUCACAUCUCACCACCAGACGAAACCCGAGAUCUGCGAAAGCCUAUCACGGGCUACCAACCGUAGCCAAUGUUCACAGCACUCAACAGGCAUCCACAACUGACUUAACUCUGCAAUCACACAUACGGUCAUCUCACAUCAGAUGCUCAGACCCAUCCACCCCUUUCUACCAGCGUCUCCCCACUCGUUACUCACCCAACACACGUCAUUUCUCACCCCUCCGUCUCUCUCUCACACCCCCUUCUACUCUCUUCACCCCUCCGUCUCUCUCUCUCCACCCACGCCUCUCUCUCUCACCCUCUGCCUCUCUUCUCCACCCUCGUCUCUCUCUCCCACCCCUCCGCUCUCUCUCCACCCCUCCGUCUCUACUCUCUCCACCCUCGUCGCUCUCUCUCCACCCCUCCGUCUCUCUCUCUCCACCCCUCGUCGCUCUCUCUCCUCCGUCUCUCUCUCUCAACCCCUCUGUCUUUCUCUGUAUUUUUCUGUGUACAGGAGGAGAAGUGGGGAAGCCCUCACUAAUUUCACUUAAUUAUCACUGAGAACAGACCUUCACUAAUUUCACUGAUCUCCUUUACUCCUUCUCCCCUCCAGACAUGAUGUCUGACCCAAAGAUCUACUGCCUUGUCUCCAACCACUCCUUCGCCUCCAUGCAGCCCUCCACCUCCCUGGGCCCCCCCGAGCUGUCCCGCGACCCCGCCGACCUCUGUAGCGCCGCCUCCCACCCUUUCAGCCAAUCCCUGUCCUUCUGCGACACAGAGGUGUCGUCCCACGCCCCUGGCUUGCACUCUCAGUCCUUCAGGAAGGAGCCACGGACCCGGGGCCUGCCCCGCACCUCCAGCUCUGCCGGAUCAGCCUUCACCGACCCCUCACUGCCUUCAGCUGACUUUAGCCUCUACCCCCCGCCCCGGAAAGGGGGCCUGGACCCAGUGUGUGAGCUGGAAUCUGCCAGACCCCACUGGCCAGGGGCUGAGGCUGGAGGACAGGGCCAGGGGGACAUGGAGGGGGCUGAGAGACUCGACCAGCAUCAGGACCAGGCCUCCACUUCCACCUCUGGCUGCUCCACAGACUGCUACAGACACCAGCAGGACUUCUGCAGGCUAGGGCUGGCAGGGGAGGCUCUAUACCAGACGGACCAGGGUGGUGGGGGGCGUGUGGGUGGAGGAGGAGGAGGAGGAGGAGGAGGGAAGGUCAGUGCAGACAGUCUCCGCAGCCUGAGCUCACGCAGCAGCGGCUCUACAGAGAGUUACUGCAGCGGCGGCACGGACAGAGACACCAACAGCACCGUCAGCAGCUUCCACAGCCAUGUAGAGCGUUUACUCUGCCUGUCGGGGGGCGAGCAGUGCGGGGCUGGGGCCGGGAGGGAGUGGGGAGGUGGUGGUGGUGGAGGGGAGGCUGCUGCUGCUGGGCCCGGGCCCAUCUCUAUGGGGGAUGGCAGGACUUCUAGUCUGGGGUCCGGCCUGAGCUCCAGAGGGCUGAGCAGCCUCCUGCCUUCCAGGGAGGCCAAUAAGAACCCCCAUGCCAACGAGCUGACAGCCAAACAACCCUCCUCCUCCUCCGCCACGUCCCCCUCUAACCCCAACCCCCCAGUCCCGGCCCAGGACCCACUAGCCCCAGCAGACUCCCCGGCCCAGGAGCGCCCAGCCCCAGCAGACUCCCCGGCCCAGGAGCGCCCAGCCCCAGCAGACUCCCCGGCCCAGGAGCGCCCAGCCCCAGCAGACCCUCCGGCCCAGGAGCGCCCAGCCCCAGCAGACUCCCCGGCCCAGGAGCGCCCAGCCCCAGCAGACUCCCCCUGCAGCAGUAGUAUGAUGACCAGUGCAGACGGCUCGGCCUGCACAGCCAGCAGGGAACAGGACGGGGAGAGAGGAGAGAAAGGGGAGGUCCAACAAACUACUUCCUCCUCUGGUGCAGCCGGGCGCAGCAGCGGGCGCCGGCAGACCGGUAAGAAACGGACGAGCAGCUUUGACGCCAGCCGCCACCGGGACUACAUGUCAUUGCGUGGCAUGUCCAAGCCGCACAGUGCGGUAUUCGCCGGUGGGGAGGAGGAGUGGAGUGACGGGAGCGAGCUGAGCUGUGCUUCCUCUCUCCGAUCCACCCAAUCACACCACUUCAGCACUGACUCCUCCUCCUCAACCACAUCCCACUCCUGCCACUCCCCCGAGAGACGCUACGGCGCCCUGAAAGCCAAGCACAGUCACUCCCACAGCCACUCCCACAAUUCUGCUGCCACAGCCUCCAUGUCCUCAUCACAAAAAGCCCAGGCCAGAUCUGAGGGAGGAGGGGGGCGGGCCGGAAGAGGAGGCAAGCGCCGCACCUCUCACCGGACCCCCAGCACGGGCAGCGCCAAAACCCACGCCCGGGUGCUGAGCCUGGACAGCGGCAAGGCGGCGUCCGCCUACCUUAACGAGCCCCACCGCCUCAGGGCUCCUGCCGCCGGGCCCCGACCCCUCACCACCUCCAAAUCUGACCUGGAAGCCAAAGAGGGGGAUGUCCUGGAUGCUGCCUCCCUAUUGGGAAGGGCCUCACAGCUGGAAUCAGUGACCAGGUCCAGAAACAGUCUACCCAGCCAGACAGCCUUUUCUUCAGAGCCUCAGGAUGCUACCACUGCCAGCUCCUCACGAGGUGGGUAUCCAUGGUUAUAGUUAGGUGGGUAUCCAGGGUUAUAGUUAGGUGGGUUUCCAUGGUUAUAGUUAGGUGGGUUUCCAUGGUUAUAGUUAGGUUGGUAUCCAGGUUAUAUUUUAGGGGGGUUUAUCCAGGGUAUGUUAGGUGGUAUCCAGGGUUUAUAGUUAGGUGGGUUUAAUGGUUAAUUUGGGUUGGUAUCCAGGGUUAUAGUUAGGUGGGUAUCCAUGGUUAUAGUUAGGUGGUUAUCCAUGGUUAUAGUUAGGUUGGUAUCCAUGGUUAUAGUUAGGUUGGUAUCCAGGGUUAUAGUUAGGUGGGUAUCCAUGGUUAUAGUGAGGUGGGUAUCCAGGUUAUUUUAGGUGGGUAUCAGGGUUUUAUAGUUAGGUUGGUAUCCGGGUUAUAUUUAGGUGGGUAUCCAGGUUUAAAAGUUUAGGGGGUAUCCAGGGUUAUAGUGAGGUGGGUAUCCAGGGUUAUAGUGAGGUGGGUAUCCAGGGUUAUAGUGAGGUGGGUAUCCAGGGUUAUAGUUAGGUGGGUAUCCAUGGUUAGUGAGGUGGUACCAGGGUUUAGUGAGGUUACAGGGUUAUUGUUGGGGUAUCCAGGUUAAGUGGUGGGAUCCAGGGUUAUAGUGAGGGGUAUCCGGGUUUUUAGUGAGGUGGGUAUCCAGGGUUAUAGUUAGGUGGGUAUCCAGGGUUAUGGUUAGGUGGGUAUCCAGGGUUCCUUCGACCUCAUGGCUUGGUUUUUGCUCUGACAUGCACUGCCAACUGUGGGACAUUAUAUAGACAGGUGUGUGCCUUUCCAAAUCAUGUCCAAUCAAUUGAAUUUACCACAGGUGGACUCCAAUCAAGUUGUAGAAACAUCUCAAGGAUGAUCAAUGGAAACAGGAUGCACCUGAGCUCAAUUUCGAGUCUCAUAGCAAAGGGUCUGAAUACUUAUGUAAAUACGGUAUUUCUGUUUUUUAUUUGUAAUAAAUUAGCAAACCAUUUCUAAAAACCUGUUUUCACUUUGUCAUUGUGUGUAGAUUGAUGAGAAAAAAUUAUAAUUGAAUCCAUUUUAGAAUAAGGCUGUAACGUAACAAAAUGUGGAAAAAGGGAAGGGGUCUGAAUACUUUCCCAAGGCACUGUAUGUCUCUAGUUUCUCUAACACGUAUUAGAACCCACACCUCUAUUGGCUGUCUGCUCUGCCCUGCUCAUGUAUGGUUGCCAUGGCAAGUUCCCAUGGAGCCACAGUUUACAGACGAACUAGACCCAGGCCAGGCGUAGGGAUCCUUCCCUGUGUAGUUAGUCACCAUUAGCAUGUUAGGACAGUGUGUGCGUUGUCUGUCCGUAGGUCAGCAGUAACUGUCUCACCAGUCAGGUCAGCAGUAACUGUCUCACCAGUCAGGUCAGCAGUAACUGUCUCACCAGUCAGGUCAGCAGUAACUGUCUCACCAGUCAGGUCAGCAGUAACUGUCUCACCAGUCAGGUCAGCAGUAACUGUCUCACCAGUCAGGUCAGCAGUAACUGUCUCACCAGUCAGGUCAGCAGUAACUGUCUCUCCAGUCAGGUCAGCAGUAACUGUCUCACCCCAUCUCACCAGUCAGGUCAGCAGUAACUGUCUCACCAGUCAGGUCAGCAGUAACUGUCUCACCCCAUCUCACCAGUCAGGUCAGCAGUAACUGUCUCUCCAGUCAGGUCAGCAGUAACUGUCUCUCCAGUCAGGUCAGCAGUAACUGUCUCACCAGUCAGGUCAGCAGUAACUGUCUCUCCAGUCAGGUCAGCAGUAACUGUCUCACCCCAUCUCUCCAGUCAGGUCAGCAGUAACUGUCUCACCAGUCAGGUCAGCAGUAACUGUCUCUCCAGUCAGGUCAGCAGUAACUGUCUCACCCCAUCUCUCCAGUCAGGUCAGCAGUAACUGUCUCACCAGUCAGGUCAGCAGUAACUGUCUCACCCCAUCUCUCCAGUCAGGUCAGCAGUAACUGUCUCACCAGUCAGGUCAGCAGUAACUGUCUCUCCAGUCAGGUCAGAAGUAACUGUCUCACCCCAUCUCUCCAGUCAGGUCAGCAGUAACUGUCUCACCAGUCAGGUCAGCAGUAACUGUCUCACCAGUCAGGUCAGCAGUAACUGUCUCUCCAGUCAGGUCAGCAGUAACUGUCUCACCAGUCAGGUCAGCAGUAACUGUCUCUAAACACCAGUGUCUCUGUAUUGUAGCUUUACAAUGUGAUCUCACUCUUGCCACUUUGAUUCUCUUUAUUAAGUAACUAACUGGUAAUGGGUUGGCCAUUUGGCAAUGGGUUGGCCUAUCGGAGUCGGUCUUAGUUGGCCAUUUGCCUAUCGGAGUCGGUCUUAGUUGGCCAUUUGCCUAUCGGAGUCGGUCUUAGUUGGCCAUUUGCCUAUUGGAGUCGGUCUUAGUUGGCCAUUUGCCUAUCGGAGUCGGUCUUAGUUGGCCAUUUGCCUUUCGGAGUCGGUCUUAGUUGGCCAUUUGCCUAUCGGAGUCGGUCUUAGUUGGCCAUUUGCCUAUUGGAGUCGGUCUUAGUUUUCCCUGUCCUGUGGGCGUGGUCAUUUGUGGGUCUUUUGUGAAUCGUGGUAUUGGGUGCUGGGUAUUGUGUUCACCCAGCUGGGAACCAGUUUAGACCUGGGUAUUGUGUUCACCCAGCUGGGAACCAGUUUAGACCUGGGUAUUGUGUUCACCCAGCUGGGAACCAGUUUAGACCUGGGUAUUGUGUUCACCCAGCUGGGAACCAGUUUAGACCUGGGUAUUGUGUUCACCCAGCUGGGAACCAGUUUAGACCUGGGUCACCAGAGUCUAGGUGUGUCUGGGUUGGCCUGUCUGCCAAGGUUGACAGUGAGUGGACAGCCUGGUUUGGUUUGCCGCUGAGCUGGGUCUUUUCACUUUGAGCUGAUUUCCUGGUGAUUUUACAGUCUUUCAUGUCCAACAACGGAAAUAAAUCUUGGGGGGGGCAAAUAAAUCACCCGCAGGCUGAAUUUGGCCAGUGGGCCACCUAUUGAACUACAGGCCUAAGGAAGUGCGUCUGCUGGUGCGCAAGUUGGAGUGAGGCCCAGUGACGCUCCGGCCUAGUGAGGCCCAGUGACGCUCCGGCCUAGUGAGGCCCAGUGACGCUCCGGCCUAGCGUUCUCUAAGCAGCGACGCUGCCAGUCAUGCUGACACAUAAAUAAAAGGAUAUGUCCGCUCACUUUUAUGCUACUCCCAAAGAUGAUCUUUUACAGAUUUUUCCCAAUUGUUAACACGUUUGCUGAAACUACAUCUCAUGUACUCAAAACACGAAACAGUUAGCCAAUUUCCCCAAAACCCCACAGACAUCUUGCAAAAUGAAACACAGCAAUCAGAAUCAUGUACUCCCUGCUCAAAAUGAAAUUCGGCAUACAAAUGAGACACACACACACACAUCAAAUUAAUCUAAUUUAGUGACAACUAGGUCUGUGGCAGUCAUGAAAUUUCGUCAGCCAGUGAUUGUCAAGCAAUUAACUGUCGGUCUCACGGUAGUUGACCAUUAAUUAACAUCUCCUGGCUUCCACACAUACAGUACCAGUCAAAAGUUUGGACACACCUACUCAUUCAAGGGUUUUUCUUUAUUUUUACUAUUUUCUACAUUGUAGAAUAAUAGUGAAGACAUCAAAACUAUGAGAAAACACAUAUGGAAUCAUGUAGUAACCAAAAAAGUGUUAAACAAAUCAAAAUAUAUUUUAUAUGUUAGAUUCUUCAAAGUAGCCACCCUUUGCCAAGAGUGUGCAAAGCUGUCAAGGCAAAGGGUGGCUACUUUGAAGAAUCUCGAAUAUAAAAUAUAUUUUGAUUAACACUUUUCUGAUUACCACAUGAUUCCAUAUGUGUUAUUUCAUAGUUUUGAUGUCUUCACUAUUAUUCUACAAUGUAGAAAAUAGUAAAAAUAAAGAAAAACCCUUGAAUGAGUAGGUGUUCUAAAACUUUCGACCGGUAGUGUAAAUGAAUCACAACGUUUUGCUCCCGAAUGUGAUAUUUUACUAGAGCUUAGCUUGGGUGAUUCAAUCACAAUGUUACUACCGACGUGGCCUUGGUCAAGUCGUCGUAAGGGUGUCAGUGUUUUCUAAAUCACUGUGGUUAAUAUGGUCUUAUUGUUGACUGCUUGCUGCCAGACAGGUUAAUAUGGUCUUAUUGCUGACUGCUUGCUGCCAGACAGGUUAAUAUGGUCUUAUUGCUGACUGCUGACAUGCCAGACAGGUUAAUAUGGUCUUAUUGUUGACUGCUUGCUGCCAGACAGGUUAAUAUGGUCUUAUUGCUGACUGCUUGCUGCCAGACAGGUUAAUAUGGUCUUAUUGCUGACAUGCCAGACAGGUUAAUAUGGUCUUAUUGCUGACUGCUUGCUGCCAGACAGGUUAAUAUGGUCUUAUUGCUGACUGCUUGCUGCCAGACAGGUUAAUAUGGUCUUAUUGCUGACUGCUUGCUGCCAGACAGGUUAAUAUGGUCUUAUUGCUGACUGCUUGCUGCCAGACAGGUUAAUAUGGUCUUAUUGCUGACUGCUUGCUGCCAGACAGGUUAAUGUGGUCUUAUUGCUGACUGCUUGCUGCCAGACAGGUUAAUGUGGUCUUAUUGCUGACUGCUUGCUGCCAGACAGGCUAAUGUGGUCUUAUUGCUGACUGCUGACAUGCCAGACAGGUUAAUAUGGUCUUAUUGCUGACUGCUUGCUGCCAGACAGGUUAAUAUGGUCUUAUUGCUGACUGCUUGCUGCCAGACAGGUUAAUAUGGUCUUAUUGCUGACUGCUUGCUGCCAGACAGGUUAAUGUGGUCUUAUUGCUGACUGCUGACUGCCAGACAGGUUAAUUGGUCUUAUUGCUGACUGCUUGCUGCCAGACAGGUUAAUGUGGUCUUAUUGCUGACUGCUGACUGCCAGACAGGUUAAUUGGUCUUAUUGCUGACUGCUGACAUGCCAGACAGGUUAAUAUGGUCUUAUUGCUGACUUCUGCAUGCCAGACAGGUUAAUGUGGUCUUAUUGCUGACUGCUUGCUGCCAGACAGGUUAAUAUGGUCUUAUUGCUGACUGCUGCUGCCAGACAGGUUAAUAUGGUCUUAUUGCUGACUGCUGCUGCCAGACAGGUUAAUAUGGUCUUAUUGCUGACUGCUUGCUGCCAGACAGGUUAAUAUGGUCUUAUUGCUGACUGCUUGCUGCCAGACAGGUUAAUAUGGUUUAUUGCUGACUGCUUGCUGCCAGACAGGUUAAUAUGGUAUUAUUGCUGACUGCUUGCUGCCAGACAGGUUAAUAUGGUCUUAUUGCUGACUGCUUGCUGCCAGACAUGUUAAUAUGGUCUUAUUGCUGACUGUUGCUGCCAGACAGGUUAAUGUGGUCUUAUUGCUGACUGCUUGCUGCCAGACAGGUUAAUAUGGUCUUAUUGCUGACUGCUGACAUGCCAGACAGGUUAAUAUGGUCUUAUUGCUGACUGCUUGCUGCCAGACAGGUUAAUAUGGUCUUAUUGCUGACUGCUUGCUGCCAGACAGGUUAAUAUGGUCUUAUUGCUGACUGCUUGCUGCCAGAACAGGUUAAUAUGGUCUUAUUGCUGACUGCUUGCUGCCAGACAGGUUAAUAUGGUCUUAUUGCUGGACUGCUUGCUGCCAGACAGUUAAUGUGGUCUUAUUGCUGACUGCUUUGCUGCCAGACAGGUUAAUAUGGUCUUAUUGCUGACUGCUGACAUGCCAGACAGGUUUAAUAUGGUCUUAUUGCUGACUGCUGACAUGCCAGACAGUUAAUAUGGUCUUAUUGCUGACUGCUUGCUGCCAGACAGGUUUAUUGGUCUUAUUUGCUGACUGCUGACAUGCCAGACAGGUUAAUAUGGUCUAUUGCUGACUGCUUGCUGCCAGACAGGUUAAUAUGGUCUUAUUGCUGACUGCUUUGCUGCCAGACAGGUUAAUACGGUCUUAUUGCCAGACAGGUUAAUAUGGUCUUAUUGCUGACUGCUUGCUGCCAGACAGGUUAAUGUGGUCCUUAUUGCUGACUGCUUGCUGCCAGACAGGUUAAUAUGGUCUUAUUGCUGACUGCUGACAUGCCAGACAGGUUAAUAUGGUCUUUAUUGCUGACUGCUUGCUGCCAGACAGGUUAAUAUGGUCUUAUUGCUGACUGCUUGCUGCCAGACAGGUUAAUAUGGUCUUAUUGCUGACUGCUUGCUGCCAGACAGGUUAAUAUGGUCUUAUUGCUGACUGCUUGCUGCCAGACAGGUUAAUAUGGUCUUAUUGUUGAUUGCUGACAUGCCAGACAGGUUAAUAUGGUCUUAUUGCUGACUGCUUGCUGCCAGACAGGUUAAUAUGGUCUUAUUGUUGACUGCUUGCUGCCAGACAGGUUAAUAUGGUCUUAUUGCUGACUGCUGACAUGCCAGACAGGUUAAUAUGGUCUUAUUGUUGACUGCUUGCUGCCAGACAGGUUAAUAUGGUCUUAUUGUUGACUGCUUGCUGCCAGACAGGUUAAUAUGGUCUUAUUGUUGACUGCUUGCUGCCAGACAGGUUAAUAUGGUCUUUUUGCUGACUGCUUGCUGCCAGACAGGUUAAUAUGGUCUUAUUGUUGACUGCUUGCUGCCAGACAGGUUAAUAUGGUCUUAUUGUUGACUGCUUGCUGCCAGACAGGUUAAUAUGGUCUUAUUGCUGACUGCUGACAUGCCAGACAGGUUAAUAUGGUCUUAUUGCUGACUGCUUGCUGCCAGACAGGUUAAUAUGGUCUUAUUGCUGACUGCUUGCUGCCAGACAGGUUAAUAUGGUCUUAUUGCUGUCUGCUGACAUGCCAGACAGGUUAAUAUGGUCUUAUUGCUGACUGCUUGCUGCCAGACAGGUUAAUAUGGUCUUAUUGCUGACUGCUUGCUGCCAGACAGGUUAAUAUGGUCUUAUUGUUGACUGCUUGCUGCCAGACAGGUUAAUAUGGUCUUAUUGCUGACAUGCCAGACAGGUUAAUAUGGUCUUAUUGCUGACUGCUGACAUGCCAGACAGGUUAAUAUGGUCUUAUUGCUGACUGCUGCUCCAACGGUUAAUGGUCUUAUGCUGACUGCUUGCUGCCAGACAGGUUAAUAUGGUCUUAUUGCUGACUGCUUGCUGCCAGACAGGUUAAUAUGGUCUUAUUGCUGACUGCUUGCUGCCAGACAGGUUAAUAUGGUCUUAUUGUUGACUGCUGACAUGCCAGACAGGUUAAUAUGGUCUUAUUGCUGACUGCUGACAUGCCAGACAGGUUAAUAUGGUCUUAUUGCUGACUGCUGACAUGCCAGACAGGUUAAUAUGGUCUUAUUGCUGACUGCUUGCUGCCAGACAGGUUAAUAUGGUCUUAUUGCUGACUGCUGACAUGCCAGACAGGUUAAUAUGGUCUUAUUGCUGACUGCUGACAUGCCAGACAGGUUAAUAUGGUCUUAUUGCUGACUGCUUGCUGCCAGACAGGUUAAUAUGGUCUUAUUGCUGACUGCUUGCUGCCAGACAGGUUAAUAUGGUCUUAUUGCUAACUGCUGACAUGCCAGACAGGUUAAUAUGGUCUUAUUGCUGACUGCUGACAUGCCAGACAGGUUAAUAUGGUCUUAUUGCUGAUUGCUUGCUGCCAGACAGGUUAAUAUGGUCUUAUUGCUGACAUGCCAGACAGGUUAAUAUGGUCUUAUUGCCUGACUGCUUGCUGCCAGACAGGUUAAUAUGGUCUUAUUGCCUGACUGCUUGCUGCCAGACAGGUUAAUAUGGUCUUAUUGCUGACAUGCCAGACAGGUUAAUAUGGUCUUAUUGCUAACUGCUGACAUGCCAGACAGGUUAAUAUGGUCUUAUUGCUGACUGCUGACAUGCCAGACAGGUUAAUAUGGUCUUAUUGCUGAUUGCUUGCUGCCAGACAGGUUAAUAUGGUCUUAUUGCUGACAUGCCAGACAGGUUAAUAUGGUCUUAUUGCCUGACUGCUUGCUGCCAGACAGGUUAAUAUGGUCUUAUUGCCUGACUGCUUGCUGCCAGACAGGUUAAUAUGGUCUUAUUGCUGACAUGCCAGACAGGUUAAUAUGGUCUUAUUGCUGACUGCUGACAUGCCAGACAGGUUAAUAUGGUCUUAUUGCUGACUGCUUGCUGCCAGACAGGUUAAUAUGGUCUUAUUGUUGACUGCUUGCUGCCAGACAGGUUAAUGUGGUCUUAUUGCUGACUGUUUGCUGCCAGACAGGUUAAUAUGGUCUUAUUGUUGACUGCUUGCUGCCAGACAGGUUAAUAUGGUCUUAUUGCUGACUGCUUGCUGCCAGACAGGUUAAUAUGGUCUUAUUGCUGACUGCUGACAUGCCAGUCAGGUUAAUAUGGUCUUAUUGCUGACAUGCCAGACAGGUUAAUAUGGUCUUAUUGCUGACUGCUUGCUGCCAGACAGGUUAAUGUGGUCUUAUUGCUGACUGCUGACAUGCCAGACAGGUUAAUGUGGUCUUAUUGCUGACUGCUUGCUGCCAGACAGGUUAAUAUGGUCUUAUUGUUGACUGCUUGCUGCCAGACAGGUUAAUAUGGUCUUAUUGUUGACUGCUUGCUGCCAGACAGGUUAAUAUGGUCUUAUUGCUGACUGCUUGCUGCCAGACAGGUUAAUGUGGUCUUAUUGCUGACUGCUGACAUGCCAGACAGGUUAAUAUGGUCUUAUUGUUGACUGCUUGCUGCCAGACAGGUUAAUAUGGUCUUAUUGCUGACAUGCCAGACAGGUUAAUAUGGUCUUAUUGCUGACUGCUUGCUGCCAGACAGGUUAAUAUGGUCUUAUUGCUGACUGCUUGCUGCCAGACAGGUUAAUAUGGUCUUAUUGCUGACUGCUUGCUGCCAGACAGGGAGUUCUAGUUUUCUCAAAUUAGUGGUGGUUUGGGCUGUGUCUGAAAUGGUACCCUAUUGGCCCUGGUCAAAAGUAGUGCACUAUAUAGGGAAUAGGGUGCUAUUUGGAACGCACACAUGGUCUUGGUCAGGUGGUCAGUCGGCCAUGUUGCUGACUCCUCCCACUGCGCUCUCUUCCUCCUCCGCAGCCCCCGGAAGUGAGGACACGAUCAAGUUCCGUCGCCAGGCGGUGCGGCGACGGCACAACGCAGGAAGUAACCCCACGCCCCCCUCUUCCAUCAUCGGAUCACCUCUCAGGUACGCUUUGCAAUGCAUGCUGGGCCGUCCACGGACAGGGGCAGGGGUCAGUGUUAGCUGUGCAUGAUGAUGGGUAAUCUUAGCGGACACGGACAGGGGGUUUCAGGGUAGAGCUGUGCAUGUUGGGUAAUGGACAGGGUCAAAGGUAGGGCUCGUGGGUUUUUUGGCAUGGGGGGGGUUGCUGCUCUUCCCACCCGUUCGUCAAACUUUUUCCUACUUAUUCCUUCUUCUCACACCAGUUUUAGGUUAUUCCUGUCAACUGGAAGGCAGGGAGGGGGAUUGGGUCCCGUCCUGUCAACUGGAAGGCAGGGAGGGGGAUUGGGUCCCGUCCUGUCCACUGGAAGGCAAGGAGAGGGAUGUCCUGUCCACUGGAAGGCAAGGAGGGGGAUGUCCUCUCCACUGAAAGGCAGGCAGGGGGAUUGGGUCCCGUCCUGUCCACUGGAAGGCAGGCAGGGGGAUGUCCUGUCCACUGGAAGGCAGGCAGGGGGAUGUCCUGUCCACUGGAAGGCAGGCAGGGGGAUGUCCUCUCCACUGGAAGGCAGGCAGGGGGGAUGUCCUCUCCACUGGAAGGCAGGCAGGGGGAUUGGGUUCCCGUCCUGUCCACUGGAAGGCAGGCAGGGGGAUGUCCUGUCCACUGGAAGGCAGGCAGGGGGAUGUCCUGUCCACUGGAAGGCAGGCAGGGGGAUGUCCUCUCCACUGGAAGGCAGGCAGGGGGAUGUCCUCUCCACUGGAAGGCAGGCAGGGGGAUUGGGUCCCGUCCUGUCCACUGGAAGGCAGCAGGGGGAUGUCCUGUCCACUGGAAGGCAGGCAGGGGGAUGUCCUCUCACUGGAAGGCAGGCAGGGGGAUGUCCUCUCCACUGGAAGGCAGGCAGGGGGAUUGGGUCCCGUCCUGUCCACUGGAAGGCAGGCAGGGGGAUGUCCUGUCCACUGGAAGGCAGGCAGGGGGAUGUCCUGUCCACUGGAAGGCAGGCAGGGGGAUGUCCUCUCCACUGGAAGGCAGGCAGGGGGAUUGGGUCCCGUCCUGUCCACUGGAAGGCAGGCAGGGGGAUGUCCUGUCCACUGGAAGGCAGGCAGGGGGAUGUCCUCUCCACUGGAAGGCAGGCAGGGGGAUUGGGUCCCGUCCUGUCCACUGGAAGGCAGGGAAGGGGAUUAGGUCCUGUCCAUUGAUUCUCGCAUGGCCUCAUACCACAUUAAGGGUUUCUCUCUACCUUUUCCUGCAUGACAUUUAUUGUCCUUUGACCUGUUUUUCUUUCUGUUUGUUUCUCUUUGGAGGUUUUCAAUCUGUUUCUACUUUAAAAAUCAAAAUGGGCCAAUGUACUCUUCAAUUGUUACUCCCUGACGAAGGCCAUGCUGCCGAAACGUGUCAGAGUUGUAAACCUUUGGUUUUACUGAACAUUACCAAGAUAAAGGCAUUUUAAACUAAUUAUAUGAAGAGUGCCUUGGUCAAAAAAAAUUUUUUAUGACUAUUUAACCCCAUUCACAAAGAGCACCUUUUACCUACAAAGUUCUACGGUUGUAUCCCAGCAGCACUUCCCUUCUUUUAUCUUUUUUUUCUCCUUUUAAUUCCCAAAUCAAAUCUUUCCAUUUCCUCCUGUGUUAUUUACUGAUUGAGUAAACUAGCUAUGCCAAUAGUCCAGUCAUCCAUGUAAGGUUGUAUAAUUCUGGUAACAUUCCCAGGCUUUCCAGAAACCCUGGUUGGAGGAGUGAGGAUUUUCUGCUUAUUCCCUUCUGAUUCCAGGAAUCUUCUAACCAGGACUUCUGGAAAACCUGGGAGUUUGGGUAGGACUGGGCGAUUUGGCCUAAAAAUCAUAUCUCUAUUAUUUUCAAACUUAUGGGCGAUUGACAAUAGAUGGUGCCUUCGGAAAGUAUUCAGAAAGUAUAUUUUUUCCCCCUCAGCAAUCAAUCUACACACAAUACCCCAUCAUGACAAAGCAAAUAGAAAUGUUUGCAAUGUAUAAAAAACAAAAAACGGAUACCUUAUUUACAUAAGUAUUCAGACCCUUUGCUAUGAGACUCGAAAUUGGGCUUGGGUGCAUCCUGUUUCCAUUGAUCAUCCUUGAGAUGUUUCUACAACUUGAUUUGAGUCCAUCUGUGGUAAAUUAAAUGGAUUGGACAUGAUUUGGAAAGGCACACACCUGUCUAUAUAAUGUCCCACAGUUGACAGUGCAUGUCAGAGCAAAAACCAAGCCAUGAGGUUGAAGGAAUUUUCUGCAGUAUUGAAGGUCCUCAAGAACACAGUGGCUUCCAUCAUUCUUAGAUGGAAGAAGUUUGGAACCACCAACUCUUCCUGUGGGGAUGCUUUUUCAGCGGCAGGGACUGGGAGACUAGUCAGGCUCGAGGCAAAGAUGAACGGAGCAAAGUACAGAGAUCCUUGAUGAAAACCUGCUCCAGAUCGCUCAGGACCUCAUACUGGGUGAAGAUUCACCUUCCAACAGGACAACGACCCAAAGCACGCAGCCAAGACAACGCAAGAGUGGCUUCGGGAAAAGUCUCUGAAUGUCCUUGAGUAGCCCAGCCAGAGACCGGAACCCGAUCGAACAUCUCUGGAGAGACCUGAAAAUAGCUGUGCAGCAACGCUCCCCAUCCAACCUGACAGAGCUUGAGAGGAUCUGCAGAGAAGAAUGGGAGAAACUCCCCAAAUACAGGUGUGCCAAGCUUGUAGCGUCAUACCCAAGAAGACCUGAGGCUGUAAUCGCUGCCAAAGGUGCUUCAACAAAGUACUGAGUAAAGGGUCUGAAUACUUAUGUAAAUGUAAUAUUUCAGUUUUUAUUUGUAAUACAUUUGCGAACAUUUCUAAAAAUCUGUUUUUGCUUUGUCAUUAUGGGGUAUUGUGUGUAGAUUGAUUAGGGGGGAAAAAAAGAAUUUAAUCAAUUUUAGAACAAGGUUGUUACAAAAUGUGAAAAAAGUCAAGGGGUCUGAAUAAUU